AUGGGGACCGUUCUGUCGCUGUCCCCCGGCUCUCGUAAGUCCGGUUACUAUGACAACCGGCCCGGCUCCCUCAGCCACUACCCAAGCCUCAGCAGCCGCUCGCUCAACAGCCAGAAGGACCGCGGCCUGAAGAGGGGUCAGUCCAUCUUCCUGCCGGCGCUCACGUGGAAGCGACUGGUGGCCUCCACCAAGAAGAAGGGCAACUCCAAGAAGGGCUCCGGGGGUCCGGGGCCCCUCGGCGACCCGCUCAACAACAACAACAACAUCAACAUCUACCAGAAGGACCCGGUGCUGCACCUGAACCGCGAGAAUGUGAAGAAGUCUCUUUCGUGUGCCAACCUGUCCAGCUACGAGGGCCCGGCGGGUCUGGGUCUGGGUCUGGGCUACGGUCUAGGUCUGGGUCAGGGUCACGGGUACAGCUACAGUAAAUCCCAGCAGCUGUCGUCGGUGAAGAAGGUCCCUCAGGGCGCCGUGACCUCCUCCCCGAAGCGCGUCAUCGUCCAGGCGUCCACCAGCGAGCUGCUGCGCUGCCUGGGAGAGUUCCUGUGCUGCCGCUGUUACCGCCUGAAGCACCUGUCCCCCGCCGACCCCGUGCUGUGGCUGCGUGCCGUCGACCGCUCGCUGCUGCUGCAGGGCUGGCAGGACCAGGCCUUCGUCACGCCGGCCAACGUGGUCUUCGUCUACAUGCUGUGCCGGGACGUGGUGGACGGAGACCUGGUGGCGUCGGAGCACGAGCUGCAGGCCAUCCUGCUCACCUGCCUCUACCUGUCCUACUCCUACAUGGGCAACGAGAUCUCCUACCCGCUCAAGCCCUUCCUGGUGGAGGCGGGGAAGGAGGCCUUCUGGGACCGCUGCCUCGCCAUCAUCGACGCCACCAGCUCCAAGAUGCUGCGCAUCAAUGCAGACCCGCACUUCUUCACACAGGUGUUCGCUGAACUGAAGAGCGAAGGCGGCUGCGCCCCCCAGGACUACAGCCGCGUGCUGGACCGGUGA